AUGCUCUCACUGAGAUCUGUUCGCAGAUUUUUCCAUUACUCUGCUGCUGUUGCCUCAACUGGAAACUGUACUGCUGUAUCUUAUCCCAUCAUGAAGCAAAAACCAUUGGAGGAACCUGCUCUUGUUAAGCUUAAGGCUGAGAGAGAUCCUGAAAAGCUAUUUAAUCUUUUCAAGGCCAAUGCUAGAAAUAGGCUUGUCAUUGAGAAUCGGUUUGCAUUUGAAGACACUGUUUCUCGCUUAGCUGGUGCUCGACGAUUUGAUUACAUUGAGGAGUUGCUUGAGCAACAAAAGUCCCUUCCACAAGGGCGACGUGAAGGGUUCAUCGUAAGGAUAAUAAUGUUGUAUGGGAAGGCUGGGAUGGCUAAGCAUGCUAUCAAUACCUUUUAUGAUAUGCAUUUUUAUAAGUGUAGAAGGACUGCCAAGUCUUUCAAUGCUGCACUUAAAGUUUUGGCAGGAUCCCGGGACAUAGCAGCAAUCAAAACAUUUCUGAAUGAGGUUCCUGAGAAGUAUGAUAUAGAAUUAGAUACAUAUUCAAUGAACAUUGUCAUUAAGGCCUUUUGUGAAAUGGAGAUUUUGGACAAGGCAUUUUCAAUCAUGGUGCAGAUGGAAAAGUUGGGAAUAAGGGCAGAUGUUAUCACAUACACUACACUUAUUGCAGCAUUUUACAGAAAGAACAGGAUACAGUAUUUGGUGAACAGGAGACAAGCAUGGAAAGCAAAUGAUCUUAUGCUUUCAAUGGAAAGAGUUGGGGUCGUACCAGAUGAGAUUACUUAUAACUUAGUUAUCAAAGGUUUUUUCCAGGCUGGAUAUCCUGAGAUGGCAAAAAGGGAAGUGUUCUUGAGUUCUGACUGCAAAGAGUGCCAGAAAAGAUGUAAAGACUGCAAUGUGAAGGAAGGCUGCAACAACUGA